AUGCUCAUGGAGGGGCCGCCGGGCCCUGAAGGCCCCGCGGGUCUCCCAGGACCUCCAGGAACGAUGGGCCCCACUGGCCAAGUGGGUGACCCUGGAGAGAGGGGUCCCCCUGGACGCCCAGGCCUUCCUGGGGCUGAUGGGCUGCCUGGUCCUCCUGGAACCAUGCUCAUGCUGCCUUUCCGCUUCGGAGGGGGCGGUGAUGCCGGCUCCAAAGGCCCCAUGGUGUCGGCUCAGGAGUCCCAGGCUCAAGCCAUUCUGCAGCAGGCCCGGCUGGCCUUGCGGGGGCCGGCUGGCCCGAUGGGUCUUACCGGGCGACCUGGCCCCAUGGGCCCUCCAGGGAGCGGAGGUCUGAAGGGCGAGCCGGGAGACAUGGGGCCUCAGGGACCCCGAGGUGUGCAGGGCCCACCUGGCCCGGCCGGAAAGCCUGGAAGGAGGGGCCGAGCGGGGAGUGACGGAGCAAGAGGGAUGCCUGGGCAAACAGGCCCCAAGGGUGACCGCGGCUUCGACGGCCUGGCCGGACUGCCGGGGGAGAAGGGCCACCGGGGUGACCCUGGUCCUUCUGGGCCGCCAGGAACCCCAGGAGAUGACGGAGAACGGGGUGACGAUGGAGAAGUCGGGCCCAGAGGCCUGCCUGGGGAACCUGGGCCACGUGGUCUGUUGGGGCCGAAGGGGCCCCCGGGCCCUCCUGGACCUCCGGGUGUGACGGGGAUGGACGGCCAACCAGGCCCGAAAGGAAACGUGGGACCCCAGGGAGAGCCCGGCCCCCCGGGACAGCAGGGUAAUCCAGGUGCCCAGGGUCUUCCAGGCCCCCAGGGUGCCAUCGGUCCUCCAGGGGAAAAGGGUCCCCUGGGUAAACCAGGCCUCCCAGGAAUGCCCGGUGCCGACGGACCCCCGGGGCACCCCGGCAAAGAAGGCCCUCCGGGAGAGAAAGGAGGCCAGGGUCCGCCUGGCCCCCAGGGCCCAAUCGGCUAUCCGGGUCCUCGAGGAGUCAAGGGGGCAGAUGGCAUCCGUGGUCUGAAGGGCACCAAGGGCGAGAAGGGUGAAGAUGGUUUUCCUGGGUUUAAAGGAGACAUGGGCAUCAAGGGUGAUCGGGGGGAAAUCGGCCCCCCUGGUCCUAGAGGAGAGGAUGGCCCCGAAGGCCCGAAGGGUCGCGGAGGUCCGAAUGGCGACCCUGGUCCUCUGGGACCCCCUGGGGAGAAGGGAAAACUCGGGGUGCCAGGAUUGCCGGGUUACCCAGGAAGACAAGGGCCCAAGGGUUCUAUUGGAUUUCCUGGCUUUCCUGGUGCCAACGGCGAGAAGGGUGGCAGGGGCACGCCUGGGAAGCCGGGACCACGGGGGCAACGAGGCCCGACGGGUCCGCGGGGUGAACGAGGCCCCCGGGGCAUCACUGGGAAGCCUGGCCCCAAGGGCAACUCUGGAGGCGAUGGCCCGGCCGGCCCACCGGGUGAACGGGGACCCAACGGACCCCAAGGACCCACCGGUUUCCCUGGACCCAAGGGCCCCCCUGGCCCCCCGGGCAAGGACGGGCUCCCGGGACACCCCGGACAGAGAGGAGAGACCGGUUUCCAAGGCAAGACCGGCCCCCCAGGGCCCCCGGGCGUCGUCGGCCCUCAGGGUCCCACGGGAGAAACUGGUCCGAUGGGCGAGCGUGGCCACCCUGGGCCCCCAGGCCCCCCCGGGGAACAGGGGCUCCCGGGCCUGGCCGGGAAAGAAGGGACAAAGGGUGACCCAGGUCCUGCCGGCCUCCCUGGGAAAGAUGGCCCUCCUGGGUUACGUGGCUUCCCUGGGGAUCGAGGGCUUCCUGGCCCAGUGGGUGCACUUGGACUGAAAGGCAGUGAAGGCCCCCCUGGCCCGCCAGGCCCCGCGGGAUCUCCGGGCGAGAGAGGCCCGGCUGGUGCUGCUGGGCCCAUCGGAAUCCCAGGGAGACCCGGGCCCCAAGGACCUCCAGGGCCAGCUGGGGAGAAAGGAGCUCCUGGCGAGAAAGGGCCCCAAGGCCCAGCUGGCCGAGACGGCCUCCAGGGUCCUGUGGGGCUCCCGGGUCCAGCUGGCCCCGUGGGCCCCCCUGGGGAAGACGGAGACAAGGGAGAGAUCGGGGAGCCUGGACAGAAGGGGAGCAAGGGGGACAAGGGCGAGCAGGGUCCGCCCGGGCCCACCGGUCCACAGGGCCCCAUUGGACAGCCAGGCCCCUCCGGAGCCGAUGGCGAGCCAGGCCCUCGCGGCCAGCAAGGCCUCUUCGGGCAGAAAGGUGACGAAGGUCCAAGAGGUUUUCCUGGGCCCCCUGGGCCGGUGGGGCUGCAGGGCCUGCCGGGACCUCCUGGAGAGAAGGGGGAGACCGGGGACGUGGGUCAGAUGGGUCCCCCAGGUCCCCCUGGCCCCCGAGGACCCUCUGGAGCUCCAGGCGCCGAUGGGCCGCAAGGGCCUCCGGGCGGGAUAGGCAAUCCUGGUGCUGUGGGAGAGAAGGGUGAGCCUGGUGAAGCUGGGGAGCCUGGCCUGCCUGGAGAAGGGGGCCCCCCGGGGCCCAAAGGAGAAAGAGGUGAGAAGGGCGAGUCAGGCCCUUCAGGUGCAGCUGGACCCCCUGGACCCAAAGGCCCCCCUGGGGAUGACGGACCCAAAGGCAGCCCCGGCCCUGUUGGUUUUCCUGGAGAUCCUGGUCCUCCUGGGGAGCCUGGCCCCGCGGGUCAAGAUGGCCCCCCUGGUGACAAAGGGGACGAUGGUGAGGCCGGACAAACGGGAUCCCCAGGCCCUACUGGUGAACCGGGACCGUCGGGGCCUCCAGGAAAAAGGGGCCCCCCAGGCCCCGCAGGCCCCGAAGGCAGACAGGGAGAGAAGGGAGCCAAGGGGGAAGCUGGCUUGGAAGGCCCUCCUGGGAAGACUGGCCCCAUUGGGCCCCAGGGGGCCCCCGGGAAGCCCGGGCCUGAUGGCCUGCGAGGGAUCCCAGGCCCUGUGGGUGAGCAAGGUCUCCCGGGCUCCCCGGGCCCCGAUGGCCCCCCUGGACCCAUGGGUCCCCCAGGACUCCCUGGCCUCAAAGGAGAUUCUGGCCCCAAAGGGGAAAAGGGCCAUCCAGGCUUGAUCGGACUCAUCGGACCUCCAGGUGAACAGGGUGAAAAGGGUGACCGUGGUCUCCCUGGCCCCCAGGGCUCCUCUGGCCCUAAGGGAGAACAGGGCAUCACUGGACCUUCUGGCCCGAUCGGUCCCCCGGGCCCUCCCGGCUUGCCGGGUCCUCCUGGGCCAAAAGGUGCUAAGGGCUCCUCGGGUCCCACUGGCCCGAAGGGUGAGGCGGGCCACCCAGGACCCCCCGGCCCGCCGGGUCCCCCUGGCGAGGUCAUCCAGCCCCUGCCAAUCCAGGCAUCCAGGACCCGGCGGAACAUCGACGCCAGCCAGCUGCUGGAUGACGCGGCCGGUGAGAACUACGUGGACUACGCAGACGGCAUGGAGGAGAUCUUCGGCUCGCUCAACUCCCUGAAGCUGGAGAUAGAGCAGAUGAAGCGGCCCCUGGGCACGCAGCAGAACCCCGCCCGCACGUGCAAGGACCUGCAGCUCUGCCACCCCGACUUCCCGGACGGUGAAUACUGGGUGGAUCCUAACCAGGGGUGCUCCAGAGAUUCCUUCAAAGUUUACUGCAACUUCACAGCCGGAGGGGCGACGUGCGUCUUCCCCGACAAGAAGUCCGAGGGGGCCAGGAUCACUUCUUGGCCCAAAGAAAACCCGGGUUCCUGGUUCAGUGAAUUCAAGCGUGGUAAACUGCUUUCCUACGUGGACGCCGAGGGCAACCCCGUGGGCGUGGUCCAGAUGACCUUCCUGCGGCUGCUGAGUGCCUCCGCCCACCAGAACAUCACCUACAACUGCUACCAGUCGGUGGCCUGGCAGGACGCAGCCACGGGCGGCUACGACAAGGCCAUGCGCUUCCUGGGCUCUAACGACGAGGAGAUGUCCUACGACAACAGCCCCUACAUCCGCGCCCUGGUGGACGGCUGCGCUACGAGGAAAGGGUACCAGAAGACCGUCCUGGAGAUCGACACACCCAAGGUAGAGCAAGUACCCAUUGUGGACAUCAUGUUCAAUGAUUUCGGUGAAGCGUCACAGAAAUUUGGAUUUGAAGUGGGGCCGGCUUGCUUCCUGGGCUAGGAGCCGCGAGCCCAGCCCCCAAGAGCAACCUCGUGACCUCAGCGCGCCGUCUGCGGGCGUCCUGGACAGUGAAGGCCCCUCGUCCCUCCCCCGACCUCGUCUGUGCCCGGCUCCGCACCGAGCCAGACCCCAAACACACAGAGAGCAAAGGGAAAGAGCCGAGUCCCCCACCCCGGAGCCGAAUCACAUGACCUAGACAGCCCCCAGCCACCGGGCCCCACCGCUUUGUCAGCCCCGUUCCGUCCCCACCGCACGCCGCAGGGACCAGGACCGGGCCACACUUCCUGCCGCCGAGCCGGCCGAUCCGACACCUGCAUGGAGAGGUCGCUGGGCCUGGGCGUGGGGCUGCAGUAUUUGGAGAUCACUUUUUUUUUUAAUUCAACUUGAAGAUGUGUAUUUCCCCUGACCUUCAAAAAAUGUUCAGAGGCAAGCCUCGUAAAGGUCAUCCCCACCCAGCCAGAGCCUCUGUUUUCAACUACACGAUCCAUUCAUGGGCCAAAUGUCAUUCUGCAUGUGCCUUUCCGAUGGAUUAAAGGUGCUUUCGUCUUUGUGAGUUUUAAGUAAAUAUUUGUAUUGUAUUGUCA